AUGAGCACCACCGUUGAAGAAAGACCACCAGUAGAUGUGGAAGCUCAACCAAAAAAGGACAACCCUAACGCUCCUCAUGAUGAUGAUGAUACUUCCGAUGAAGAAGUUGAUACAAGAGUACCAUUUCGUGAGAGAGCAGUUAAAUAUAUGAAGAGAGUGAGAAAGCAAACAAAAUAUGCAAUCUUCCAUAGAACUAAAGGUAGAAGUUACUUUUGUUUCAACACAUGCGGAUUCUGGUGUUCUCAACUCUUCUUCCUUCUUUUCCUCUAUGUCUUCGUUGUUGGAUGCUUUAUUGCCUACAUGAGUAUUGGAUCGGAGAUGAUGCCUUUCACCUUUAUUACUUACAAAACAAGAGAUCCAAGCACAAUUCCAGCCCCAAUACCUGCAAGAGACUACUUUGGCACACAAAAUUCUACGAACAAUUCAACAAGUACCACGACAAAAGCAUUAUCCUAUAUUUUAGGACUUAACUAA